GUAGAGCUGAGUUGGGCUUGCUGUGUGGGGUUGUCUCUUCUCUUGAAGCUUUCUCAACUUUGCAGGAAGCCUCUGGCCCAGAGAGAUGGCAGCGCAGUGGGUCCUGCUGGGGCUCUGGGCAGCCUGCGUCGCCAGCCCUGGUGAGGCAUCAUUGCUGAACAUCUGCAUGGAUGCCAAGCACCACAAGGCCAAGCCGGGCCCGGAAGGGGAGCUACAUGGUCAGUGCACCCCUUGGAAGGCCAAUGCCUGCUGCACUGGCAACACCAGUACAGAGGCUCACCAGGACCAGUCCUACCUGUACCGCUUCAACUGGAACCACUGCGGGGUGAUGCCGCGCAAGUGCAAGCGCCACUUCAUCCAGGACACCUGCCUCUACGAGUGCUCCCCCAAUCUGGGGCCCUGGAUCGUCAAGACGGACAGUAGCUGGCGGCGGGAGAGGAUCCUCCAUGUGCCACUGUGCAAGGAGGACUGCGAAGAGUGGUGGGAGGACUGCAAGGACUAUGUCACCUGCAAAGAGAACUGGCACAAGGGCUGGAACUGGGCCACAGGAACAAACCACUGUCCCUGGGGCACCGUGUGCCGGCCGUUCAAGCAGGUCUUCCCCCGCGCGGCGGACCUGUGCGAGAAGAUCUGGUCAGAUUCCUACAAGUACACCACAGCACCGCGGGGCAGUGGGCGCUGCAUCCAGAUGUGGUUCAACCCUGCCCAGGGGAACCCCAACGUGGCCGUGGCCAAGUACUAUUCCUGGGGUGGGAGAGCUGCUGCAGAUAUGGCUAAGAAACCUGUUGUGGGAGCCUCCUCUUCCCUGCCAGCCACUCUUCUCAUCCUGCUGCCCCCUGCUCUGCUGGCCUUGAUAUGAUGAAAGGGCACCAGCACCCAUAUCCUCAAGUGGUGAUGGGUAGAGGCCCUUGCUGAGGUCCUCCUUGCUGGACUCAGACUCUGUGCAAGCUUCCCUGGGUGCCCAGCUGCUCUGGAUGCUGCAGUCUUUUUCCCAUCUCUGGGCAGUAAGAGUAUACUUUUGAGAUGAACAGGACCAGGAGAGCCAGACCAGUCCCUCUUCCUAAACCUAUUGCCUGGGUGCUCCCCUCCCACCCCCCUGGGCUGUGUGCAGAACUGGCCUUGGGAAGAGAAGGGGUAUCAAGCUCUGCAAUAGCUAUAACCUAAUAGCUGAAGAAAUGUAUCUCCCACAAAGGCCUGAGUAGGGCUGGGCCAUGCUUGUCCUGGUGCCCCCAGCCACUUGUGGCCAGCUCCAAAGGAAAUGGGAACCUGCCUUUUUGUCCCUGAUCAAUGCACUAAGUGUGUGGAGAUGAAAUGGGUGUUGCAUUGUGGGAAAGGGUAUUUUUAAUUGUCUAGGCAAAUGGAAUUGAGCCCCUGCAAGAGCAAGGCUCUUGGAGACCAAGCAAGGCUGGAGAAAAUGGUCCAAGCAAACCCAGUCUCUGCCUUGCCUUCAGGUCUCUAUGGACCCUUGUUCUUGGAAGCAUGGGUGUUGCCUGGCCCAGAGCCUUUGCUUUAGCUAUUGGGCUCUUUGCUUUAGUGACUCUGGCAUGAAUGUGAUGACAAGUGGAUGCCAAAAGCUCACUCUAGUUAUUGUGGUGGGCCAGGUGGCUGGGAGGAAGGGAUCCUUGAUUUAUCUUGACAGCACAGAAUAAAUGGUGUUACCCUGGGA